UAACUUGUGGUCAUUUCAGAAAAAGGAGAAGUUCCCACUCCAAAGAGAGAAACAGACAGAGAGAACGCACAACUGAAAAAAGCUUAGCAGCAUUUUCUGCCUCAUCUAUCUCCUUUUCACCCAAGGAAGAUCCACUGGACCAAAGCCCUGGCACGAUUCUAAUACCACAGCACACCUGUCCUGUGCUGGAUGGGCAGGUUUAUUCCAGGGCCAGUGGGCCCAGCCAUCCUGAUGCUCUUGGUAGCAGCUGAUAUCUGGCAUGGUUCAGCCUCUCCUACCAUCAGCCCUAAUCUCCCCACUGUGAUUGUGGACAAGGGAGACCCGGUAAGCUUGCUUUGCUCCGGGAAUUCUAGCGUGGAGUGGGUCGGCAUAAAGAAUGAGUCUAACAUCAUGGUGUACACCAAUGGCACCCUCUAUAUACCCAAGGCCAGUUACAAGGAAAAGAAAAGGUACCAGUGUGCUUAUGUUAACCGUACCAGUGAGGAAACAGCAUCUGUAUCUCUCUGUGUGAAAGAUCGCAGCUCAGCCUGGUGUCUCCUUAAAUACUUCGUUAGAGUGACAGAAGGUGAGGAUGCAGUUCUGCCGUGCUUGAUCGCUAACCCAGAAUUGGCAAGCAAUGUUACCCUGUGGACGGACUCGCACAACAUCUCCUCUGGAUUCUCUUUCAGCGCUCAAGAGGGAAUACGUAUGCACAGAGUAAACAUGAGUGAUAAAAACUUGUAUAAGUGCCGUGCCCUUGUGCAAGGACGGUGGGUGGAUUCACCAAAAAUAGGCCUUAUUGUUGAAGCAAGCACCUUAUCUGUCACAAUUAAAAUGAAAGAUCAUGUGAGACUACGAGGAGAACUUUUCAAUAUCACCUGCAGAAUAAGUUCCCGUUCCCAUUCUUAUGAGGCAAAGUGGACCUAUCCUUCCACUGCAAUGGUCAGCUUGUUUCCAAUGGAAGGUUAUAAUGUGACCUCAAGAAAGUACUUCACAGACCACACCCUGUCCAUUCCAGCAGUACGGUUAGAAGACACUGGGGAAUAUACUUGCUUGGGAACCAAUUCCGCAGGAACUAGUAAUUCUUCAGCCAGCCUCCAGGUGAUAGAGAGUGGCUAUGUGCAUUUGUCCACCAUACAGGACAGAAGCCAAGAGACAAAUUUGCACAGCAGCCUGAACCUGCAUGUGCUCAUUGAGGCUUAUCCUAGACCUCACACACAGAGAUGGACAUACAUGAACCCAUCAAGAAGCUCCGAGAAUUUCCCACUCAAUAUGGAAAUGACUUCUGGCAACAACAGGUACAACAAUACGCUCAAACUGAACUGGCUGGAGGAAAAGAAUGGUGGAAUAUACACAUUUUUUGCAGAUAAUGGUGAAGCCAAUGCAUCCAUCACCUUCAACAUCUCAGUGAAAACUCCCCCUACAGCUAAACUGAUGGACAACAGCUCUGACAGCCUUUGGUGUGAAGCCAGUGGUUAUCCUGCUCCACACAUUGAGUGGUAUAAAUUGCCUCGCAAUCUUCAUCCAGACAGAUGUGACCAAGGUGGAAUGCUGCUUAUGAAAGACACCAGCCCAGAGAUAACACAUGAAAUUCCCUUCGGAAGGGUGACAUCGAAGAGCAUCCUCAAAAUUGAUGAGAUGCUGGACAAUGUGACAUACUGCUGCCUAGCAGUUAAUAACAUGGGGAAUGGAUCCAGUUUCGGUCCAUCGGUUCGGUACAUAGCAUCUGAACCCCUGAGCGAAUUCCCCAAACCAAUUCUUAUUGCAUGUGCUGGGACGAUGUUUUUGCUGCUUCUGUGUAUCAUCUUCCUACUCUACAAGUAUAAACAGAAACCAAAGUACCAAGUCCGUUGGAAGAUCAUUGAGGCCUGUGAGGGAAACAAUUACACUUUUAUUGAUCCCACCCAGCUUCCUUACAAUGAGAAAUGGGAAUUUCCCAGGAACAACCUGCAAUUUGGAAAGACCCUUGGAGCUGGAGCUUUUGGAAAGGUGGUUGAGGCCACUGCUUUUGGACUUGGAAAGGAAGAUUCUGUCCUGAAGGUGGCUGUGAAAAUGCUUAAAUCAACAGCACAUACUGAUGAGCAAGAAGCCCUCAUGUCGGAACUGAAGAUCAUGAGCCAUUUAGGUCACCAUGACAACAUUGUCAACCUGCUGGGAGCAUGUACACAUGGAGGCCCUGUAUUUGUCAUCACUGAGUAUUGUCCUUAUGGGGACUUGCUGAAUUUCCUCCGAAAGAAAGCAGAGUGUCUCAUAAUCCAGGAUUUAACAUUUGAGUCUUCUCUUGAUAGCAUGGCAGCAGACUAUAAAAAUAUGUACCUUGGGAAGAAAUACAUCCGGAGUGACAGUGGAAUCGGUAACCAGUGUUUGGAAAGUUAUUUGGAAAUGAGACCAGUAACAGCAUCAGGCUCUAUGGCACCAAACGGGAGGAGCUCAGUGUCAGGAGAGGACAUGGACGGCCAUCCUAUUGACCUGUAUGACUUGCUGCAUUUCUCCAACCAGGUGGCCCAGGGAAUGGCUUUUCUUGCUUCAAAAAACUGCAUCCACAGAGAUUUGGCAGCAAGAAAUGUGCUAGUGGCUGAUGGACGAGUGGCCAAGAUCUGCGACUUUGGCCUGGCCAGAGACAUCAUGAAUGAUGCUAACUAUGUUGUUAAAGGCAAUGCUCGCCUGCCAGUGAAGUGGAUGGCACCCGAGAGCAUCUUUGAAUGCGUCUACACAGUACAGAGCGAUGUGUGGUCUUACGGCAUCCUUCUCUGGGAGAUAUUCUCCCUAGGCAGGAGCCCUUAUCCUGGCAUGAAAGUGAACAGCAAGUUUUACAGCCUGGUAAAACAAGGAUACCAUAUGGGCAGACCUGAGUUUGCACCAGAGGAUAUGUACAACAUCAUGACUGCAUGCUGGAACAUGGAGCCCACUCAACGGCCGACCUUCAGUCAGAUUUCCAAUUUCCUUCAGAAGCAACUGGAUACCAGUAAGGAACAGGGUUACACAAACUUGCCAACCAGCACAGAAGAAGACAGUGGAUGUGAGCCUUCCAGCUAUUGUGAAGAUGAAUCUUGUGACACUGGAGAGAGCAUCCAACUACUUCUGAACAGCAACAAUUACCAGUUCUGUUAAAGGGUAAACAACUGCACCCUACUUGUUGGUUCGAUUUCAACUGAAAUGUAGUUCUCAUGCAGCUAUCCCUCUGGGAGCAUUGCAUACCAGAAUGCCAGAUGUAACUGGUGGGCUGUAGCCUUGCACUGCAUUGGCAGCAGACUUCAAGACAUGAAGCAUUACACACACACACACACACUACUUGUAACUGGUUUCCAAUUUUUAUCGAGCUUAGCUUAGAGCAUGCAGGAAUAUUGGGCAGAAUCAUCAUAUAAAGUCAGCAGAUUGCCAUAGCCAAGCACCAGUCUUCAUAUAAGUGUGCGAGAAUGGGGAAUGUGAACUUUAAAACCAAGUUUUCUAUAUCUCGUGUACCUUUCACUGCUCAUCCAUCAGUAUAUGAGUUUAAAAUGGACUCCUUUCCCCAUCUUGACUUCUUCCUGGGAAAGGAUACCACCUUGAUAAGAUUAGUCAAAAGGAAAUGGACAGAUCCUAUCCAAUUUGACUCUGGCUCAGGGAUUUUGCAAUGGUCAGGGUGGGAAAAAAAUCACAACCAUUCACCAUCUGUGAAGUCACAUCUCAAGAGGGGAAAUUACCUCAUCUGGAAGAAAGGUUCUCUCUAUUUCUCCAGAGAUAAGAGCUUCAAACAAGAAAGUACAAUAACAGCAACGCUUUCUCUCACUUAGGAUUACCAUUGUACCAUGUGCUAAUCGAGCAAACAAAAAUUAAAGCAUUAAACUGCGAUUUUUUUAGUAGUUAUAGCCAAUCUAUUAGCAAAGCUUUAGAUUUAAAACACAUUACUAAUGAGUGACUUACAGUGCAGUUCUAUACAUGUCUACGCUGCUGUAAUCAAGUUCAAUGGGGGCUUACUCCCGGGUAAGUCGAUACAGGAUUCUAACCUCUCUUGCUCAACUGAUUUAAAUGACUGCUUUUUGCUUUGGAGACAUGAAUAUGUGAAAAUUCAGUGCUGUGACCCUAAACUUGAUUAGGAUUUCGGUAGGGAUCAGAGUGUUCAGCAUGGGUGACCUUACCUACAAAGAUGAGGUGGUAAAUGUUAUGUCAUUCCCAAAUAUGAAGGGACUGUGACCGAGCUGUUGAGGAUCUCCCUCUCCAUUUAUAAACCAACCAACCUGAAACAUAAGCAACUGCCUCACUGGAAAGUUCUGAGAACUUGUCCACCCCACCCCCCAAGGUCAUUAACAUUCCCACUACCACCUUCAGAGGACAGGUGGUGUCACAAAAAAGGAAGGGAGGGUAUUUUGGCCAAGCCUUAGUCAAUAUUGUUUGAUUGGACCUAGAGAUAAUUGCAGCCAUCAUUGUAGCCAUAUCUUUAAUCACUUAACCAGUUUUUAUAGUUUUUAGAAACUGGUAAUUUUUAAGAAUACUUGACAAUUUUGGUUAAUGCAGAGAAAACACACAAGGCUUAAUUCAUUCUUACUUGGUAAUUCAAAUGAAACAAGAAGCCAAAAGGAGCAAUAAGCUAGGGACUGUGCCACAUUAGGAAUAAUUUGCAACAGUACUAGAAAGCAAGUUAAUAAAUCUGUGACAGCAAGCUUUGAAAUAAUAGAAACUGAAUGUGAAUGGCUUAGAAUGGAACAGAUCAACAAGACAGAAAAUGACCUAGAAUAGUACCUAAAGUCCCACUGAUUUUAAUGCAAGUGUUAAGAAAUUGUGAAAUGUUCUCCUGGGUUUUAUUAGUGACUGGAACAUACCUGUAGCUAAUGAAGUCCCUACAUUUACUACAGCAAACACAGAUCACCAUUGCUGGAGGCUUUGUCCUUAGGGACCAACAAUAUUAGUAAAAUUAGAGAAAUUAGAAAACAAAGCAAAAUUAGAGCUCUCCAAUCUUUGCAUCUAAAACAUCAUAUAUAUAAAGGGCAUUGGCAUUGCAGCAAUAAAAAGUAACGUUUGUCGAGGCAAACACUCAACUCAACUGGCUGUAAUCAAUUGUUUUAUUUUUCUGAAUUUUAUCACUCUUUGGCAUUGUUGCUCUGUAGUUUAUAACACUGAGAUUUUAUUGCAUUUGUGUUAAUAUGUAAGCUGCCCUGGGCAUUUUACAUUGCAGGGUGGCAUUAAUGUACUAAAAUUAAUUGUUGCAAUGUAUUAGUUUUUGGGUUACAAACGGGUAAGCAAAUCUCAGGCAAUUUUCUAUUAAGACUACUGACGUUAGAUUUUUUCCCCCUGAAAUAUGAAAAAAAUAUUGUUAACCUGCUGCAGAAUAGAUGGGCAGUCUCAUCUAACUCGCAUUCUCCAAUAAGUCAAGUACUUUCACUAGUUUUGUAACUGUCACAACUGUUUUAUGUAUUACGGUACUUUGUUCUUUUUACAUACACUGCAGUUUUAAAAACUAAAACUAGAAAGGAGCAGCUUCAUAAUGAUUUUCAUAAUAUUUUGCAAGCCACUGAUUUGAGUUUUAUGUAAAGGUUACUAGCUUUAUAAGCAGUUAUCUUUGAAGCCUUGUGUAAAUGAAAAAGGAGCAUCUCUUACUGGAUAAGAACUAGCCAGCUAGUUUUCCAGCACAAACUACCACCAUUCAGUUGCUGCUAGAUUGCUUUUAAAUAGUUAACUGCUAUGUGUUGACUUUCCAAAUGAAACCAUUCUUCAAAUUACAUAAAUCAGUAUGUUCACAUUUAACUGCCAUUCAAAAUAAAAAAAAAUGAUUAAGCAAG